UUUAGGCCGAUUUUCGUAAACAGCCACGUCACUGAAACACUGGGUGUCAGGUCGUGUGUACAAUACAAAAAUUACCUGAAAAAUGAAUAUAUUCCGGUUAACAGGCGAUUUGGCCCAUCUUCUAGCCAUUAUAAUUCUCCUUAUCAAAAUAUGGAAGACACGGUCGUGCGCUGGUAUUUCGGGCAAGAGCCAGAUCUUAUUCGCCAUAGUAUACACCACCAGAUACCUAGAUUUGGUGACGACGUUCGUCUCGGCGUACAACACUCUCAUGAAGAUAUUCUUCCUGGCUUCGUCCUAUGCCACCAUCUAUUUAAUCUACAUCAAGUUUAAAGCCACUUAUGACCACAAUCAUGACACCUUCCGGAUCGAGUUCUUGGUGCUGCCGGCGUUCAUUCUGGCUCUAUUGAUUAAUCACGCCUUUACGUUGCUCGAGGUUUUGUGGACAUUUAGUAUUUAUUUGGAGUCGGUGGCUAUUUUGCCGCAGCUUUUCAUGGUUAGCAAGACUGGAGAGGCCGAAAGUAUUACUUCCCACUACUUGUUCGCGCUAGGGUCAUACCGGGCUCUUUACAUUUUGAACUGGGUUUACCGCUACGUCACCGAGACGCACUAUGAUUUGAUCGCCAUCGUCGCUGGAAUUGUACAGACUGUGCUGUACUGUGACUUUUUCUAUUUAUAUGUGACUAAAGUCCUCAAAGGUAAAAAAUUGCAGUUGCCUGCUUAAGGUAAUUUUUUUUGUACAAACUGUUUACUUUUUGCAAACGAAUAGUUGUAUUAUUUUCCUGAAAUAAAUAUUAUUUAAGUGAGUUUCUCCCAA